GCUUUCCUCUCUGAAAUCAUCGGAACCUCCGCCGGUACGGCGCGCGCCCUGUCUCUCGGGCCCAUGGAGCUACCUCAACCUGGGAGCCAGUGGUAUGUCCACCCAAACACGCUACUUCUGGAGCUCCUGCUUCGCCGCUGGCGGAUCAGCCGUGAGCUGCCGCACCAUCCGCUUGACCAAAACGGGGCGGCCGCAGGGAGUUCGGACGGGGCGGCCGAAGCUUGGGCGACAUCCGUGCUGAUAGGUCCAGAAGUCCCACAUGAGGCGAGUCUCGGCCCUGAAAAGCCUGGGGUGACUGUGAUCAGAGCGCUGGAUCAUGGAUCCUAAAUAGUGCCUGCUGGGUGAACCAAAACUGGUCCAAGGAGCGAAACAUGACGUGUUGGUGAGGAACCAACCCGAAGCAACCCAAACCAAGCGCCUAUAACUUCAAACUUGUCAACUUACCAGCCGUUGCUGGUUGUGGAGGAGUGGUGCGCUUGAGAGUUGGUGCCUUUUUUGUCUCAAAUGUAAUCUGACGGGCUCUAUCCAGUUGCACUCAACAUUUUAAGCAGAGGGUUUCUUCUUAGAUACCUAGAAUUCCGCCAGAAGUUGAAGAAGCCUUAAGCAAAUCAAAAUCCGAGCGAGAAUUGCUGCAUGUCAUGUCAAUUUUCGUCAGGUAGAAACCAUUUGGA